CGGGCUCUAAUAUCUUGUUAAUGCGACGGGAAGAGCAAUUACAGAAGUGAUGGGGAAAAGACAACAUGGAUCCUCAUCCUUUUGCUCUCCAAAAACUACAGUUGAUACGUCAGCCAAAUCUGUAAAAUCGAAAUACUUCUCUAUCGAAUCUUAUUUCUCCUCAACAAUUGCAAACAAACGUUUGAAAAGUAAGAGCAGCAGCAACUCGGCAACCAAUGAAGCAAUUGCAAACGGCCAAGAUUUGGAAACUGAGGAGGCUGUCAAUGAUAAAGGGAAGCAGGAACAAUGUCCGAUUUGCCACGCUUUCAUUUUAACAGAGUCGAUGUCGUUCGAAGUGCAUGUUAAUUACUGCCUCGAUCAGCAACAAACUCAAACACAGGAACAAAAGCAGCAGCUGUCACAGGAGCCUGAAAAAAUACAGCUGCAACAGCAAUACUGCGAUACCAAAGAAGUAUUAACGGAACGUCAGAAUUGUUUUACAGUAUCUAGCAAUAAUGUUGACGAACAAGCUUCUUUUGAGUACGGGGGUCAAUCUAAAGAAUUGGACGAAUCAACAGAAGUAUCAUUUUCAGGAUUGGUUCAAAAGUUUUCCUAUAGGAAUUGCAAAGGCACUGAAAUGUGCCUUCCAGAAAAGCAACAAAAAGAUGGAGAGGAAAAAGAAGGGGAUGUUAGAAACAAUUCAACAACCUCAACUAUUUCUAAAGAUACAGAGGUGAACGGCACCUUUAAGCAGUUAGACCCUACUUCAUGGAAAAAAGCCUUCUCCUCUAAUACAUCAUCAUCAACAGCAACAGUGCUUCGACCAUUAGACAUUAACGUGAACAAUAACAUCCUAUUGAAGGGGAAAGCCUCAGUCAAUAAAAAGAACAAGAUAUGCCCCUUUUACAAAUGGGUCAAAGAUACACGAUUUGUUGUAGAUGCUUUCAAUUAUGGCGCCAUUCCUAAUUGUGAUGGUUAUUUUUUAUCCCACUACCAUUCGGAUCACUUUGUUGGCCUCACUUCAAAAUGGUCUCAUGGUCCAAUUUAUUGCUCCAAAGUGACAGCCAAUCUUGUGAGACAAGAGCUUCGUGUUGAUCCACGUUAUAUACAUCCUUUGCCUAUGAAUCAGCUUUAUCCUAUACCUACUCUCAAUAAAUCACAAAGAACAGCAGCACCAGCAACAGUAGAAGUAGCACUUAUCGAUGCUAAUCAUUGUCCAGGUUCAGUACUUUUUCUAUUUGUUAUCGACAAGAAAAUCAGACAUUUGCAUACAGGUGAUUUUCGAGCAGCGCCAAAGAUGUGCCUGCAUCCAUUACUUCGCCAGCCUGAAAACCCACCGAUUGGCAAUCUAUAUUUGGAUACAACAUAUCUAGACCCAAAAUAUGCCUUCCCUGCGCAAGAAGAAUGUAUACAGGCAGUGUGUAAUGCAGUCUUGGCGGAAAUCAAUGGCUUUGCAGAAAGUGAUAAGCCUUCUGAUCCUCCUCCGUCUAUGCUGGAUAAGUGGAUUAGGCGACCAUUGUUGAGUAAGACGAACAAUAACAAUAAAGGAGCUCAAUUAAAGCCAGUUAUGAAACAAGAACAACACAUAAACCAUGAAGAUCUCAUGACCAAUAAUAAUGCAUUUGAAUUGAUGAUGUCAAAAAGCAAGGCAAAGAAUGGUAAAACGUUAUUUGUUGUUGGGACCUAUACCAUUGGAAAGGAAAGAGUCUUUAUCCAUAUUGCGAGGCUGCUAAAAUGUAAAGUAUAUGCACCAUCAAAGAAAAAAUGCAUUUUAUUAUGCCAGGAAGACGAAGAAUUGAAAACAAUGCUGACGAAUGAUCCGACAGAAGCACAAGUUCAUGUUGUGUCACUAAGAGAUAUAAGAGCCGAUACCAUGUUUGCUUAUUUGCAUCAAUAUGAAUCUUAUUUCAACCGCCUGGUUGCAUUUAAACCUACAGGCUGGGCCUUUAAGUCAACCGAAUCACAGACACUUGACAUGAAAUUGGCCCCUUUAUGUGAUAUCAUCUUACCACCACCUGAUCGAAAUCUGAUUCUCUUACCCCAGUAUUCUUCCAAAAAGGAUAGUGGCAAAGUUAAGAUUUACAGUGUACCUUAUUCGGAACACUCGAGUUUUCGAGAAUUGGCGUCCUUUAUUGCAAGCCUGGAUAUCAGGAACAUUAUACCUACUGUAAAUAACCAUAAUCAUGAAUCAAUGCGUGUCUACUUGGAUAAAUGGCAAGAAGAAAAGAGAGCUAAAAGGAUUGAAGUAGUAGCGUACCCUAAUGAGGACCACUGGUAAUGAACGGCUUUUCACAUUGCAAAUUGGCCCGUGCUUUCCUAUAUAUUUAUACUACACUGUUCCCAUAACAAUCAAAUAAAAUCGCCUCGAUGUUCAUAGUAAUGCAAUAAAAUGCACCCAAUAAGCUCUUCUUAUAGAUCUACUAGUAAACAUGGCAGUGGUAGUGUGUUCAUUUAUUGUUCUUUUAAAGUUGGUUUGAUUGUUUAGAUUCGGU